AUGGAAUUCACCAAAAUGCAUGGCGCCGGCAACGAUUACGUUUACGUUGACGCCCGAGAUAUGCCCGAAAGGGAUUGGGGAACCUUGUCGCAAUCCAUCUCCGACCGGCAUUCUGGCGUCGGCAGCGACGGCCUGAUUCUGGUGAUGAAUUCAGAAGUUGCCGAUCUGCAGAUGCGGAUGUUCAACUCGGACGGUUCCGAGGGCGAGAUGUGCGGCAAUGGUAUCCGUUGUUUCGCCAAGUACGCCAUUGAGCGCGGCAUUGUGGCGCCGUCGGUGGCGUCCGUUACAGUCGACACGCUGGCCGGCAUCCGCACGGUGGUGCCGCAUUUCCUCGGGUCGGCGGUGGAUUCGGCGCGGGUCAGCAUGGGCGCACCGAGAUUGGCGCCGUCCGAUAUACCCGUUGACCUGGAUCCCGCCAUUGCCAGCCAGGGCGGGCCGAUCGUGCAUUACGCACUGCAACCGGGUGAUUUUCGGUUGUACGUUACCCUGGUGUCCAUGGGCAACCCCCACGCGGUUACCUUUAUCGACCAGCCGGUUGGUGAGUUUCCGCUGCACAAUAUCGGCCCGUUGGUGGAACGCCAUCCCAUCUUUCCACGGCGCGCCAACUUCGAAAUCGUCAAUUUGCGGGAAGACGGCAACCUUGAUGCCCGGGUGUGGGAACGUGGUUCCGGCGAAACCAUGGCCUGCGGCACGGGCGCCUGCGCCAUCGCGGUGGCAUCGCGGCUGCUGGGUCACACUGGCGAUCGGGUUGCGGUAAACCUGCCUGGGGGCACACUGACCAUAGAUUGGGACGGCGUCGGCGAGGUCUAUCUGGAAGGGCCGGCCAAAGAAGUAUUCAGCGGAGUGUGGACAGAAUGA